AUGCCCAAAUUCAAGUUUCACAAAGAGUUGAUGAAGGACCUGGUGCUCCCACAACUCUCAAGCCCUUUGGGUCUAUUCUUGAACUGUCGGAGCAUUUUGAAUUUUUUCCAAGCCGAGGUCAACAGUCCUGAAAUCUAUCAAAAGGCUAUGAACCUGGUGAAUCUGUGGAAGGCGAAAUCGGCUAUUGCUCAGCGGAGGCCUUUCGAUGUCAAAAAUGACCUCUACAAGUUAGCGUACGAUAUCAUCAUUACAAUCUCCUUCGGUCUCAGCGAUCAGUUAAGCUGCACCAGAAUGCAGCUCAACGCAAGCCUUUCCGAGCAACCGAGGUAUCAUUAUUGA